UAGCAUAAAAGGCGGAUUUAGAAUUUUAAGCUUUUGAUUUUCAUAUAUUAAUAAACGUACAUAUACUUUUUAACAUGUUUUUAAAUAUAAUUAUUAUAUUUACAUUAACGGGUGGCGGUUUCCGGAAACCACACCUACCAUUGUAGAUCGGCCCCAGCGGCCCUAGAGAUUCCAAUAAAUUCAUGUAUAUAUAGAUUCAAAUAUAGUUUAAGAGAAUCUUCCAUUCACAUCCUUUUACACUUUUGCAGUCAACAGACACACCAUACCUUUUCUUGUCACUUGAUAAGUGCAGAUUUUGGUGUUUGAAUUUUUAUUUCCACAAACAAGCAGCCAUGACUACUGCUGUUUCAAGUAAAAGUCCUAGUCCUACAAGGGUUGAGGGGAAAUUUAUGGGUACUCUUGUUUGUUGGAUUCUUGGACUUGGUUCACUUGUUUCUUGGAAUAGUUUAUUGAGCAUAGGGGAUUACUACUAUGCAUUGUUUCCUAAUUAUCAUCCUUCAAGGGUACUCACCCUAGUGUAUCAACCAUUUGCACUUGGAACAAUGGCAAUUCUUGCAUAUAAUGAGGCAAGAGUUGAUACAAGAAAGCGCAACUUAGCUGGAUAUAUUCUCUUUACCUUAAGUACUGCCGCGCUGAUAGUGUUGGAUUUGGCAACUUCUGGUAGGGGUGGAGUUGGAAAUUACAUUGGUAUAUGUGCCAUAGUAGGUUUAUUUGGAAUUGCAGAUGCUCAUGUUCAAGGUGGAAUGGUUGGAGAUUUAGCCUUCAUGUGCCCCGAGUUCAUGCAAUCGUUUUUUGCUGGUCUUGCUGCAUCUGGUGCACUUACCUCUGGUUUAAGGCUAAUCACAAAAGCAGCUUUUGAGAAGAGUAACCACGGUCUACGCAAAGGAGUUAUGUUGUUCCUUGCCAUCUCCGCGUUCUUUGAAUUCCUAUGUGUCCUUCUAUAUACCUUCAUAUUUCCUAAGCUACCAAUUGUGAAGCACUACCGCACAAAGGCAGCUGCAGAAGGAUCAAAAACUGUUGCAGCAGACUUAGCUGCUGCAGGCAUCACAAAGCCGAUCGAACAAGCUGAACAAUUCGAACGUUUGAGCACCAAACAAUUGCUUAUCAAGAAUAUUGACUAUGAAUUGGACUUGUACUUUAUUUAUGUCCUCACUCUAUCAAUUUUCCCUGGAUUCUUGUAUGAAAACACCGGUAAACACCAACUGGGAUCAUGGUACGCUCUAGUGCUUAUAGCAAUGUACAAUGUUUGGGAUCUGAUAGGAAGAUACGUUCCACUCAUCAAGAUAAUCGAGUUGAAAUCACGAAAGGGCCUCAUGAUCGCGAUCAUAUCUCGUUUCUUGCUGAUCCCUUGCUUUUACUACACUGCAAAAUAUGGCGAUCAAGGCUAUAUGAUAUUCCUCGUAUCCUUCUUGGGACUCACAAAUGGUUAUCUUACUGUUUGUGUCAUGACAGCAGCUCCUCAAGGAUACAAGGGACCUGAGCAAAAUGCAUUGGGUAACUUGCUAGUGUUAUUCUUACUAGCUGGAAUAUUUACUGGUGUUGCUCUAGGUUGGUUGUGGAUUAUUGGUAAUGGAAAAUUCUGAGUAGUAGUCAAGAUUGGUAUGUGACUGGAUAAUUAGGUGACAUUGCAUUUUAGCUGGGAUGAACAUGUACAGUUCUCGAUUCAAAUCUGCAUUUUGUGUUGAUGUUUUUUUUUUCUUUUGCUUUCUUCAUAUCAACUUCCAGCUUCUGGGAAAUUAGUGGAGAAUUGCAUAUGUGAUUCUUUUUCUUUCUGGACAUCUAAGAAUGUUAUAUAAAUUGUACAGUUAAAUGGUUAUCUCGUUCAAGUGAUGUA